AUGUUUGCUAGACAGGUUCUCCGCCCGGCGAGGACCCUGCACCAGCAGGUCCGCCGAUACGCGUCCGCAGCGCCCCAGAGCGGUGGCAGCAACGGCAUUCUCUAUGCGGGUGUUGGCGCGGCUGCUCUUGCCGGUGGUUACCUAUACCUAAGGGGAGGAGACUCACCUUCCGGGCAGAAGGGCAAUGCGCCGCCAUCCGAAGAGGCCAAGAAGAUCCCCGCAUCCACCGCCAGCCUAGCAAAGAAGGCCUUUACUGGGGGCGAGCAAGGCUUCGUGUCGCUACAGCUCGAGAAGUCCGAGAUCAUCAACCACAACACCAAAAAGCUCACUUUCAAGCUGCCUGAGGAGGACAUGGAGAGCGGUUUAACCGUGGCUUCCGCCGUCAUCACCAAGUAUAAGGGCCCUGAGAUGCAAAAGCCCGUGAUCCGCCCUUACACGCCUAUCAGCGAUGUGGACCAAAAAGGCACAGUCGAGUUCAUUGUCAAGAAGUAUCCCAAUGGCCCUAUGUCUAGCCACAUGAACGACAUGGAGCCCGGUCAGCGCCUCGACAUCAAGGGCCCAAUCCCCAAAUACCAAUGGUCACCAAAUAAACAUGAGCACAUUGCACUCAUCGCUGGUGGCACAGGCAUCACCCCAAUGUGGCAAACCGCGAACGCCAUUUUCAAGAACCCCGAGGACAAGACAAAGGUCACGCUGGUGUUUGGUAAUUUGACCGAAGAAGACAUCCUGUUGAAGAAAGAGUGGGAACACUUGGAGAACACAUACCCUCAGCGAUUCAGGGCCUUCUACGUCUUGGAUAACCCUCCAGAGCAGUGGCAGGGCGGCAAAGGUCACGUCACCAAGGAGCUUUUGAAGACAGUUCUGCCCGAGCCAAAGGAGGGCGAGAAGAUUAAGAUCUUUGUUUGCGGACCGCCGGGCAUGUACAAGGCUAUCAGUGGUGGAAAGAAUAGCCCCACGGACCAGGGUGAACUCGAGGGCUACCUAAAGGAGCUUGGAUACAGCAAGGAUCAGGUGUACAAAUUUUAG